AUGCACCUACUACAAGCGACACCCAUUUUACUUUGGGCCGCUUUCUUUCUCAGCUUCGAAAUUUCCAUCACUACUCAAUCAUUGUGGUCGGAUAUCAGCUCUGAUAUUUUCGGCACUCAGAAUGAAUUUUCAGGUGAUCAAACUGAUACAGCCCCCGCCGAUACUGCCAUACGUAGUCAAGAUUCGGACUCAUCGGAAGGGACUACUCCGAUAAUCGAUUCUCGUGAAAAGUAUACGGCUGCCAGUACAAACACCGGAUUUGAAUACGGCAAAGACAAGAUAAGAGGUGUUAAUAUUGGCGGAUGGCUAGUAACGGAGUCUUGGCUCACACCAACCUUGUAUAGAACUGGGAAUAGUAAGAUUGUGGAUGAAUACACAUUUUGCCAAUAUUUAGGGCGAGAAGAAGCAAGCAAACGUUUGCGCGCACAUUGGGAUUCAUUUUAUACAGAAUCUGAUUUUCAAGCUAUGAAAUCAUAUGGUCUCAAUCAUGUCCGUAUUCCCAUUGGAUAUUGGGCGUUUGACAUCUCAGGCGGAGAGCCCUAUGUCCAAGGACAAUAUGAGUACCUCAAACAAGCAGUUGAGUGGUCAAGAAGAGCAGGACUCAAGGUCAUGAUUGAUUUGCACGGUGCUCCUGGUUCACAGAAUGGUUUUGAUAACUCUGGACGUAAAGGACCGAUAAAUUGGCCAAAUGAUCCAAAAAAUAUACUUCGUACUAAACAAACACUUGCAGAGAUUACCAAAGAGUUUUCUCAAGCUAAAUAUGGCAACUUAGAAGCACUUAAUGAGCCUGCUGGAUUUGCUAAUGAUGGUGGAAAGACUUUGAAUACUGCUAAGCAAUUUUACCAUGACGCAUACGAUAUUGUGCGAUACCCUAACAACGAAACUCUUCAAUCUGAUUUACUAUAUGUGGUACAUGAUUCAUUUCAGCCAAUCGAAACUUGGUCAAACUCUUUUCCAUCACCAAAGUAUCAAUCAGUUGCAUUAGACACACAUAUCUAUACGAUCUUUGACAAAAUAUCUAUAGAAAAGAGUGAUGAUGAAAGAGUAGCAACUUAUUGUGCUAUGGCUAAUUCAUUAGAAAAAAGUAAUCAAGCCAUCUUAACAUUUGUAGGAGAAUUCGCACCUAGUCCAACAGAUUGUGCAAACAGUGUUAAUCAUCAACCUAGUGGAUCAAGAUAUGAUGGUACCUAUACUGGAUUUCAAAAGAUCGGAUCUUGUAUAGGAAAAAGUGGAUCUAGAGAAACUUUUUCAGAAGAAUAUAAACUUAGUUUAGGUAGAUUGUUUGAAGUUCAAACUACUGUUUAUGAAAAAGCUUCUGGAUGGAUCAUGUGGACUUUUAAAGCUGAGAAUGCAGAUGAUGGUAGUUAUGAUGCUGGAGUUAAGGGAGGUUGGAUUCCUAAGGACCCAACUUUCAAGGCUCAUGGAAAUCAAUGUAACUAG